GGCGGAGGAAACCCUAUGAACUCUCCGGCGACCUUCCUCGCCGGGCGCCAGAACAUCGGGUCAGAAGUUGAGAUUUCCACUAUUGAGAAACAACGGAAGGAGCUGCAGUUGCUCAUUGGAGAAUUAAAAGAUCGAGAUAAAGAACUCAAUGACAUGGUUGCGGUGCAUCAAAGACAGCUUCUGUCAUGGGAAGAGGAUCGGCAGAAAGUGUUGACUUUGGAAGAACGUUGCAGCAAAUUAGAAGGUGAACUACAUAAAAGAACUGAACUAAUCAGGUCACUCAUGAAGAAGGUAAAAACCCUUGAAUCCAAUCAAGCUGAAUGCCAGACAGUACUUCAAAAGACCCAGCUACUGCUUCAGGAAAUGGCUCAAAAGGCAACACAUUCUUCUCUCCUCUCUGAAGACCUGGAGGCUAGAAAUGAAAAUCUCAGCAGUACAUUAGUGGAACUUUCUGCUCAGGUAGGACAAUUAAAAGCUCGUGAACAAGCUCUCACUACAAUGAUAAAGCUAAAGGACAAAGAUAUUAUUGAGGCAGUCAAUCACAUUGCAGACUGUUCGGGUAAAUUUAAAUUGUUAGAGCAUGCUCUACGCGAUGCUAAGAUGGUGGAGAAUUGUAUAGUGAAGGAAAAGCAAGAUUAUAAGCAGAAAUUGAAGGCACUGAAGAUUGAAAUCAAUAAACUAAAAGAGGACCUAAAUGAAAAGACGACAGAAAAUAAUGAACAACGAGAAGAGAUCAUUCGCCUCAAGCAAGAGAAAAGUUGCCUGCAUGAUGAAUUGGUUUUUACUGUAGAGAGAGAAAAGAGAAAAGAUGAGUUACUUGAUAUUGCAAAGUCAAAGCAAGAACGUACAAAUUCAGAACUGCAUAAUCUGAGACAGAUUUAUGUGAGACAACAGAGUGAUUUGCAGUUUCUUAAUUUCAAUGUGGAAAGAUCUCAGGAAUUAAUACAGAUAUACGACUCAAAGAUGGAGGAAUCAAAGGCCCUGGAAUCCAGCAGAGACAUGUGUUUAUCAGACCUUGAAAAUAGCCAUCCAAAAGUCGACGUUACGAGGGAAAGAAAUCCAAAGUCACUGUUUAAAGACCCCAAAUUUGAGGCCACAUUGGUUCAGCAAACUAGUUCUGACAAGAGCUCUUAUGAUGUAUGCAAAGAUAAAAAGCUACAGGUGAAUGCUGCAUUUGAGGAAAAAGGUGUCAUUACUGUGUCAUCUCUGUUUACAAAAAACUUAAUGGAGAAACAAAAGUCUUGGUCUCUGGGAGGAAAGAUCCAGAUUGAGCCCGAAAACAAAAUUGCAUUGUGCAGGAUCCAUGCAAAAUCACCAAAAGAGAAUGGAAUUGAGGCCCAGAACGAAGAGAAACAGUUCUCAGAAACAUCACCUUUAUCUGAUGAAAAGCAGUGGCACGAUGUCAGCGUUUACCUGGGCCUGGCCAACUGUCCGGGUUCAAAACAACCAGAAAAGCAAGAUCAGGUGGAAAGAUCUGAAAUCUCAUGUUGCCAGGAAAACGAAGCCUGUCUGGGUGAAAGUGACAUAAGUGAAUCCAAGUGCUGCCACCCAAGUAACUUCAUAGUUGAAGCCCCGGGCCACAUGUCUGACAUGGAGUGGAUGAGUAUUUUCAAGCCUUCCAAAACGCAGAGAAUUGUUCGCCACAAAUCCACAUGUACUUGUUCAGAAAGCGUCAGUGGAACAAACCUUCACUCCUCAGCAAGUGAGCUAAUUGCCAUCCAACAUUCCCACUGUUUGGGUUCUUCAAAGUCUGCCUUAAGAGAGGAUGAGAUAGCGUCUGCUCCUGAUAAAAAGAAUUCACCUAAGAGUUUGUUAAUCAACAAAGAUGCAGCAGUAUCCAGUGAAAAGGUUCGUAUGGUAUUAUCUUCCCAGGACAGUUUUUCACCCACAAGUAAGCUGCAGCGCUUGCUGGCAGAAUCUCGUCAGAUGGUGACUGAUCUGGAGCUGAGCACGUUGCUGCCCAUCGGCUGUGAAAAUCUCAACAGCAGUGCCAAAAAUGUACGUGUUUCCUUCUGA